AUGUUCCAUUUGGCACCAGUUGGAAUCGAUUCUCGAUCACGAGUUAAAAAGGAUAAACAUCAGGAGUUUCUGAACGAUGUGAAGGCUUGUGUGAAGGCUUGCUUGAGGUUUGGCCAGAAUGAAGUGCCGGGUCGAGAGGUUGAAGCUGUGGAGCUGCUUCGAACGUUGGAUUCUUUCUUAUCUCACGGGUAUGUUGUUUUAUGUGGGUGGAUCAAUCGACGCUUUUGCACUUUUAACGAUUUUUAUGUUGUCAAAUUUUAAAAGACAUAGCUGAUUUUUUUGAUAAAAUAAUUAAACCUUGAGUUUAGGUUUCUGGUGUCCCCAAAAUGUUAUUGGCUUUACGUGAAAGAGUUUAUACCACACGAUAUACAAAGAGAUCUUCAAAUUGAAUGGCAGACCAAGGAUGAUCGCAAACUGUCAGUCGGUUGGCUUAAAACAACUUUGAACAAUAAGACUUUGAAUUUUGAGUUUCUGUCUUUUGUCGCUCAACCAAGUAUCAUUAAAAAGCAUUAUGACAAGAAUGCGGCCAUGAGGAACCAAGCGUUGUUGAAGAUGAUUGCAGUCGGGGUUGAUCCUUUGAGUAAUGUCAACUUUAAAUUUAUCGUAAGUUAAAUUUGAUAGAUAAUGGAUUUUUAGGUAUUGAAUUAUGUGGUAGAAUACAUUUUUAUACUUCGAUGUUAAUAUUAUGUAAUGCUGAAUCAAAAUAUAUAUUUUUGCUUAAAAACACUAUUUGUUUUAGUCUCCAGCUUACCGUGAAAGUCAAGAAAUCCCUCUUGCUCAAUUUUCUACACAAGCUCCGAUUUACCAUGUGCCUAGUUCUACUGCAAUACAACCUAGAACAAUAUCACGUAGACGACUGAAUCGUCCAGACCUGAUUUUGUCAGCUUCUGUUCAUGCUGCAGAUUCAAGUUCGUCAUUUCGAGUUGGUUCUUUUGAUCAUCCCGGGCCGAAAGAAGAUCGAGAAGAAGAAGAUGAGGAUCUACCUCGUGUUGAGUUACCACAGUCGGCUAAUGAGCCAUUUUUGUCUACAACCAGGGAUCAGGUGAGUAUUUGAUUUGGUUUUAUUAAUUUAGGUUUAUUCUAAUCAAUUUCAUUUAUAUUGAGGGAGUUUGAUUGGUUUUAAGUGAUAUUGAAAAGGUCAAGAUAUCUUAUUGUACACGGUAGUCUGUUAUACAACCAUUAAUCCUAAUAUUUUCAGGAAUACAUUCUGGACGCAAUGAUAAAAAAUCACCGUCAGAGAAUUCAAUCCUCUGCCAGAUUUGAAUCAGAUUCAGAAGAAGAAGCGCCAAAAGAAGAGGAUUCAGCACGACGAAUGUCAUCUUCACCUUCAAAAACGAGCAGACGGCGAUCUAUCAAAGCCCGGGAGAAGAGUAUGGAUGCUUCGAUUCCAUCUUCACCAUCUUCUUCCACUUCAUCAGGUGCAGCCAAGUCAACCAACGUAAAUGAAGAAGUGAAGGAGGAGGAGAACCUAUUGGAUGACGUUGAAAAUGGCAAUGACGAGGUCAGUGAAGAAGUUUUUGAACACGAAGUUGAGGAGAAUGGAGUUGAUCACAACGAAGAGAAAGAUGAAAAACCAGAAUUUGAAAAAUUUGUCAUUGAUGAGCCUAUUGAAGGCAAUUUACAGUAGGUAUUUACAGAGUAGUUUGUAAAAAUAGAUAAAAGAUACGAAUUGUAGGGCGUUUAAGCAUUGAAAUUCAAGAAGAAUUGAGAAAACCAGGCAUUAACAUAAUUCAUCCUUAAUUUCAUAUUAUUCUAGACUAAUUUCCGGAGAGAUCGUGAACUUGGCCAUGCAAGUAUUUCGUCAGGACUCCGAAAGAUACCAAGCAAUGUUCUCAAUCUAUGUCAACUAUGCUGUGGGAGAACCUCAACGGAGAUUCUUGCUUUUGACAGACCAAUGUAUAUACUUACUGAAGGCUAAGUUAGAGAACACGGAAGAAGAUACGAUCCAAGCUUCUUCGUAUACGGUAGCUGGCAUCAAGUUCGACUCAUUGAGCAAGUCCUUGGAGAAUAUGUCACCUAUCAGAAUGUUGGGAGAGUCCAGUAUGGCUCAAAAUGUCAGUCUUGGCGACAAUACUAAAGUAGGUCCUUAAUGAUGGUUAUGUCGUUAUUUUAAGGGUUAGAGUAUUUUUAUAUAAUUGUUGAUAGGCAUACUUAAUAUAUGGUUAUAUGAUUUACAUUUAUUUUUCAGUACAAGUACGAAACUGAAGUAUUUUUGAAUUUGAACAAUCUGGACUGUAUCAGCAUUGGGAUCAGCUCUCAAAGCUUGUGCUUCCACUCAACCAACAAACAGAUAUUUGCAUAUUCGCCAGACAGAAGAGAAAAACAAUUUCAAAUUGAAACGGCUAGCCAAAAUCUGGCUGAAUUGAUCGUCUUCAAGUUGAACACGAUUGUGAAGAACAAGUUCAGGCAUUUACUAGCGAUUGACAGAAACCAGAACACUUUCGGGUCAAUAAUCAUGCACAACUUUGUUAGGAAGGAGUUGGCUUUGGUACGGUUUAGACGCUUUAAUGCUGUUACUUCUCAUGAUGUAGUAUAAGUAUCUGUGGCAGUAUAAUAUAGAUCUCUGAAUUUAAGCACAAAAUGAAUUUGAGUAAUAAGUUUUGCAUUUUUAGCCUCAAGUGGAGAUAAAACGAGCUAGUCUGGUUUAUUGGCUUCAGUCGAUUAAGGAAAGUGAAGCGUCUCGAGAUACGAUGGAGAGUUACAUCUUUGUAAGGAACGUAUACCCAAGUGCUUGGCGCAAAAAGAUGGAUGACUGGACUCAGUCCUACUUUAUUAUGAGGUACUAUUUUGUAUAUUUAUUGUAGAAUGGUAAUUAACCCCUUUAAAGGGCUGUUAUCUAGACUAAAAUAGCUUCAUUAAAAAAUGUCCGUUAUAAUUAUUGUAUUUUACACAAAAUAUUUAAAGAUCAGUCAGUACUAUAACAAAUAUGAAUACGAUAUGAUAUUUAAAAUGAAUAUUUUAACGUGACGAACUUACAGAGAGCACAUGUUGUAUCAAUUCACAGACUCAACGUGCAAAGAAGCUAUCAGUUCUGUCGAUUUGAGAGAGAAAGUGGAGCUCCUGGAGCAGGUGGAGCUGAAGAACGACGAAAACUUUGUCUUCCAAUUGACUUUAACUGAAGAACCUUUUAUUCAGUUUUCUUUUGAGACAUCGGAGGAGAUGAACAAGUGGAUCACGGCUAUGAGGACGGCUAUUAAUUCUUCUCACGUAAAGCUUGCUUUGUUUACUACUUUAAUAUCUGAAAAAUUAUUUAGUUUACUGCUAUAAUAUCUUAAUCUUCGAAAAAAGGUGUUUUUAGAUAAUAUCUUACUUUUAGGCAUUAGAACUCGACUCUGUAGCGUGUUUGGUACUGUGCACUGACACGACGAUACUAUUCGUGCAAGAAGGUGCCAACUUUUUAGUCGAUGGCUUUGUCCGCUCUCUUCACAAGAUCAGCCUUCGUGAAGUCCACUCGGUUUCAUCAGCCAAGUCUACAGCACAUCGACUAAUCGCAAUUCAACGAGAAUCCGGUGAUUCAGAAUGGGUGUUCUUCAGAAAUGACACGGAACUAUAUAAUUUUGUUACAUUCCUCCAAAAUGAAUGGGGAUUGAAGGUGGAGGAGCACGGUGAAAACUGGAUGGAAUCCGACAACGUUCACGGAAAAAUCUACCGUCAAUAUCUUCACAAACCCGAUUUUUUUCAGCACAAAAUGAAUUAA